GAAGGACGCACCAUCUCUUUCAGCCUCUCUCUCCUCUCCUCUCUCUACAACCCCUUUCUCUCACUGAAAGAAUCGCGCAUUUAUCAAUUAAGUGAAACGAAAGAAAUCUCGAGGCAUCGUUUGGGGAAUUCGAUCCUUCAACUCUAUCCCAAUCUAACAAUCGCAGCGUUUUGGGUUUCUGCGGAAAUCCGUUAGAACGAUGGGUUGCUUCUUCGGCUGCUUCCGAAUCAGGGACGACCAUCGCCCUCUCGUCUCUGAACCACUCCCUUCCUCAGCCAGAGAACCUGUUGUUUCUCGGAAUCGUUUAUCAUCUCUACUACUUGCUGAAGAGAAAGAUACUUUGCCGCACUCAAGUAAAGAAGAUCCUGCCUUGCAGUCUCUGCAGCAUGACAGCAGUGAAAGAGAGCUCAAGGAUGAGGCGAAGUUCCUGAAAGCUUGUGGUACCUUACUUGAAACUCCAACAGAAUUUCGAAAAAGAUCUGAAAAAUUUAAAGAUCUUUUACGUUAUGACGGAGAUUCUGAACCUUCAAAGUUCCAUUCAUGGCUUCCUAACACAUCCGUUGAGAAGUUAAUCCUGGAGGAGCAACUUGAACAUCCUCCUACUCCUAUCAAACUUUGUGAAGGAUCAUUAAAGGGAUCAGAUUAUAUGAAGCGUUCACCCAGCAGCUGUAUAUCCAGUGGGCAGAAUGCUGGAAGGAAUUCUUUUGGCUCUACACAAGGCGGUGGAGCUCGCAGUAUUAUUAGUCAAGCUAGCAGCGCUAUAACUUAUUCAGUUACAGAUGAGGCUUUGCCUGCCCAGCAUUGCAGAAAUAAAUCUGUCCACUUUGAAGGCGAUGAUGAUGAAACUUCAUUUUUGUCAAGGUCUUCACCUGAAAUUUCUACACAAAAUUCAAAGCAGCCUGAAUCAGCUGGUAAUGACAGCGCAUUAAAGCUUUCACCUUACCCAACCCCGCUAAAACUAACUGAUGAGAUGCAAACACGGACUGUUUUUCCAGCAUAUGCAGACAGUAUGGGAAAUGUGAAGAAUCCUCGGAUCAGGUCUCAGUAUGCAUAUUCAGUCCCGAACCCAGUUCAGGAUAUCUCUCAGCCGAAAGUAUUAGAGGAAGAAGAUUCUGGCACUCUUGAAUUGUCAGGUAAAACAAGAAAAUCUCUCGAGCAGGCUGAUAAUGCAACCACUAAAUCGCAAGUGGGGAUGAGGGAAGCUUCAAUUGAGAAAGAGUUUGAGGAAACAAGCUUGUCUUCUUGGUUCAAACCAGUAGCAAAGAAUCGGAGCGUCAAAGAUCAACACUGUGAUUCCAUUUCAAUUGGAAAGACUCGUGUUCGUAGGGCUUCAGGCGAUAGGCCGAUCAUCGGGAUGGUUGCUGCUCAUUGGAAUGAAGAAGAACCUUCUCAUAUUUCGCCCAAGUAUUGGGAUGGGAAUGGAAUUCCAAAUUCAACAAACAAGUACAAAGAGGACCAGAAAGUCAGUUGGCAUGCAACACCUUUCGAGGAGAGACUGGAGAAGGCAUUGUCUAGUGAGACUUCCAUCAGUCACGGGAAGCAUACGAAUCAGGCAUCACCCAUUGAUUUCGGAGAAACCGAGGAAAGUGAUACAGCUCUUUCCCAGCUGCGAACUUCAACCCAUUCUAAGCCGGUAAUAUCAUUCUGAUAAAUGUAAGAAACAUUGUUCUUGUUACUGGUUUCUCUUGCAGUGUUUUUGAUAUUGCGAAGUAAGAAGCUGAACAUGAGAUUUGUUCUUGGAUUGUUGAAUAUAUUGUAAACGGCAUGGAGUUACUGCUUUGGAUGUACAUAAUGAAAACGUCCGGUGGUUGGGCC